AUGAGCGCGUGCGCCCUCCUUGAGGGUGCGCUUGGGGACACCGGGCUCAGCGCCCCCGCGCCGUGGGCUCCGUCCCCGCCCCGCGGCCCCCGGGCCCUGCCCUGGCCCCGGCCGCGGCCCCGGCUCCGGCUCCUGCUGCUGGUGCUUCUCCUGCCGCCCUCCGUCCUCUCGGCCGUCUUCACAGUGGGGGUGCUGGGCCCCUGGGCCUGCGACCCCAUCUUCGCGCGCGCCCGCCCGGACCUGGCCGCCCGCCUGGCCGCCGCCCGCCUGGCCCGCGACCCGGCGCUGGGAGGCAGCCCCCGCCUCGAGGUCACGCUGCUCCCGGAGCCGUGCCGGACGCCGGGCUCCCUGGAGGCGGUGUCCUCGGCGCUGGGCCGCGUCUCGGGCCUCGUGGGGCCGGUGAACCCCGCAGCCUGCCGGCCGGCCGAGCUCCUGGCGCAAGAGGCGGGCGUGGCGCUGGUGCCCUGGGGCUGCCCGGGGACGCGGGCGGCGGGCACGACGGCCCCCGCCGGGACGCCCGCGGCCGACGCCCUCUACGCUCUCCUCCGCGCCUUCCGCUGGGCGCGCGUGGCCCUGGUCACGGCGCCGCAGGACCUGUGGGUGGAGGCGGGCCGCGCGCUGUCCGCCGCGCUCAGGGCCCGGGGUCUGCCCGUGGCCCUGGUGACCACCAUGGAACCCCCGGACCUGUCGGGAGCGCGGGAGGCCCUGAGGAGGGUCCAGGACGGGCCCAGAGUCAGUGCAGUGAUCAUGGUGAUGCACUCGGUGUUGCUGGGCGGCGAGGAGCAGCGCUGCUUACUGCAGGCGGCGGAAGAGCUGGGCCUGGCCGAUGGCUCCCUGGUCUUCCUGCCCUUCGACACGCUCCACUACGCCUUGUCCCCGGGCCCGGAGGCCUUGGCCGCGCUCGCCAACAGCUCGCAGCUUCGUAGGGCCCACGACGCAGUGCUCACCCUCACGCGUCACUGUCCCCCGGGAAGCAGCGUGAUGGACAGCCUGAGCAGGGCCCAGGAGCACCAGGAGCUGCCCUCUGACCUCAACCUGGAGCAGGUGUCCCCACUCUUCGGCACCAUCUACGACGCGGUCUUCCUGCUGGCGGGGGGCGUGGCGCGGGCGCGGGCGGCCGCAGGGGGCGGCUGGGUGUCCGCAGAGGCGGUGGCCCGCCACAUGCAAGAUGCCCAGGUGCCCGGCUUCUGCGGGACCCUGGGAGGAGCCGAGGAGCCCCCAUUCGUGCUGCUGGACACGGAUGCAGCGGGGGACCGGCUCUUCGCCACCUACAUGCUGGACCCCACCCGGGGCUCCCUCCGCUCGGCUGGGACCCCGGUGCAUUUCCCUAGAGGCAGAGGAGCACCUGGGCCCGACCCCUCGUGCUGGUUCGAGCCAGACAUCAUCUGCAACGGAGGAGUGGAGCACCGCCUCGUCUUUAUCGGCUUCCUCCUGGUGGUUGGGAUGGGGCUGAUGGGGGCCUUCCUGGCCCAUUAUGUGAGGCAUCGGCUACUUCACAUCCAAAUGGUCUCUGGCCCCAACAAGAUCAUCCUGACUCUGGACGAUAUCACCUUUCUCCAACCGCAAGGAGGCAGCACGCGAAAGGUGGCCCAGGGGAGCCGAACGAGUCUGGCUGCCCGCAGCAUGUCAGACAUUCGCAGCGUCCCCAGCCAGCCCUCGGAUAGCUCCAACAUUGGUCUCUAUGAGGGAGACUGGGUUUGGUUGAAGAAAUUCCCCGGGGAUCACAUAGCUAUCCGCCCAGCAACCAAGGCAGCCUUCUCCAAGCUCCGGGAGCUCCGGCAGGAGAACGUGGCCCUCUACCUGGGGCUCUUCCUCGGCGGCGGCGGCGGAGCGGGUGGCUCGGCGGCCGCGGGGGAAGGCAUGCUGGCUCUGGUCUCAGAGCACUGCACCCGGGGCUCCCUCCACGACCUCCUCGCCCACAGAGACAUCAAGCUGGACUGGAUGUUCAAGUCCUCCCUCCUCCUGGACCUCAUCAAGGGAAUGAGGUAUCUGCACCAUCGAGGCGUGGCCCACGGGCGGCUUAAGUCACGGAACUGCGUGGUGGACGGGAGGUUCGUGCUCAAAGUCACGGACCACGGCCUCGGGCGACUGCUGGAAGCGCAGAGGGUGUUAGCGGAGCCUCCCAGCGCGGAGGACCAGCUAUGGACAGCCCCGGAGCUGCUUCGCGACCCGGCCCUGGAGCGCAGGGGGACGCUGGCUGGUGACGUCUUCAGCCUGGGCAUCAUCAUGCAGGAGGUCGUGUGUCGCAGCGCCCCCUACGCCAUGCUGGAGCUGACUGCCGAGGAAGUGGUGCAGAGGGUGCGGAGCCCCCCUCCACUGUGUCGGCCCUCUGUGUCCAUGGACCAGGCGCCCAUGGAGUGCAUCCAGCUGAUGAAGCAAUGCUGGGCAGAGCAGCCAGAACUUCGGCCCUCCUUGGACCGCAUCUUCGACCAGUUCAAAAGCAUCAACAAGGGCCGGAAAAUGAACAUCAUUGACUCGAUGCUGAGGAUGCUGGAGCAGUACUCCAGUAACCUGGAGGACCUGAUCGGGGAGCGCACAGAAGAGCUGGAGCUGGAGAAGCAGAAGACCGACCGGCUGCUCAGGCAGAUGCUGCCACUUUCCGUGGCCGAGGCCCUGAAGAUGGGGACACCUGUGGAGCCCGAAUAUUUUGAGGAGGUGACGCUCUACUUCAGCGACAUCGUGGGCUUCACCACCAUCUCAGCCAUGAGCGAGCCCAUCGAGGUGGUGGAUCUGCUCAACGACCUCUACACGCUCUUCGACGCCAUCAUCGGCUCCCACGACGUCUACAAGGUGGAGACAAUUGGGGACGCCUACAUGGUGGCCUCGGGGCUGCCCCAGCGGAACGGGCAGCGGCACGCCGCCGAGAUCGCCAACAUGGCUCUGGACAUCCUCAGCGCCGUGGGCUCCUUCCGAAUGCGCCACAUGCCCGAGGUGCCCGUGCGCAUCCGCAUCGGCCUGCACUCGGGCCCGUGCGUGGCGGGCGUGGUGGGCCUCACCAUGCCGCGGUACUGCCUGUUUGGGGACACGGUCAACACCGCCUCGCGCAUGGAGUCCACGGGGCUGCCUUACCGUAUCCACGUGAACGUGAGCACCGUGCGGAUUCUCCACAAUCUGGACCAGGGCUUCCAGACCGAGGUGCGAGGCCGCACCGAGCUGAAGGGCAAGGGCGCUGAAGACACCUACUGGCUGGUGGGCAGACUCGGCUUCAACAAGCCCAUCCCACAACCGCCUGACCUGCAACCGGGGGCCAGCAGCCAUGGCAUCAGUCUGGAGGAGAUCCCCCUGGAUCGGCGACAGAAGCUGAAGAAGGCGAGGCCGGGCCUGUUCUCUGGGAAGUGAGGCCCCGCCCACACAGGUGCUGCCCUUCUGCUCCCAAGCCCAGCUGCCAGUCUCCUCUCAGACUCUGGGGUGGGGUGGGGUGGGGUGGGGGGCUACCCACCUCUGGGAGAUGCUUUCUGGGGAACAGGCACCUCUUCCCCAGCCUUAGGGCCUAGUGGCCUAGCCCUGCCGGCUGAACUUCCCACCCAAGCCGGGUGUCCCCAUCCCUGGUCUGACCGAGUGAGCCCAGGCUCGUUCCUAAACCCGGGGACUUUCCCUGGGAGGGAAGCACCAGCUGCAGGGAUUCUGGUUCAGUAGGUCUGGAGUGGUCCAGGAAUCCAGACUUGAGAACCCCUGUACACAUGACCCGAGACCUCUCUCCUCGGACCCCCCCACUGCAUUAACCAGGCAUCCCUGCCAGGCUGCACAGGCUGUGCACUGCACAAGAGACCACUCUAGGGAGCAGCAUUUGGCAGAGGACAAGAUGAACGCUGUCUCUAGAGUUCUGUCAGGGCAGAAGCCCUGCCCUCUACCUUCCUUGAAAAAACUUUGAUCCAUGACCUUCCCCUUCCUAGGUGAACCCCCAUGACCCCUUCUCACGAUUUGCCUUUGACACACUCCUCUUUCUCUCAGGAGUAUUCCGGAAGGUCCUUUUCCUGAAAGUUGCUGCUAUAGGUGACCAAAAGUCUGGCUAAUAACCAGUGGCUUCUCGCCAGCUCUGCCUCAAAGGAUUCUGGGCCUUUACAGGAGCUGGUUGCAAACCCGCUGUGUGACCUCGGGAAAGUUUCAUGCGCUCUCUGGGCUUGGGUUCCCCCUCCAUGAUGAAAUAAGGAGAGGCCUAGGUGGUUUCCGCACUCCCCUGCUCUGACAGCUAAGCAUCAGCGUGGUUGGCCUGGGGAUACGGGCCACUGGGCUUGGGGCCUCCAGCCCCAGUGACUCUGAGCCCAUCAGGAGAGGUUGGGGUGGGGAUUCUCCACUUUCUAGGCCCCGCCCCCCAGGCCCCAGGAAGGAGGGUCUGGGAUUGGCUGCCCCAACCCCAGAGGUGGGGGGACGAGACCUCCUGUUCCUCCAGAGCAGGGUUGUCCAGUGGCCUGAGGAUUAGUCUCUGUUUAGCUUCCAGCAUCCUUCCCUUCAUCCCCCCCCCACCGCCCCCACCCGGUCAGAAACCGGCUCCUCCCUCGGGCACAACCGUGACUUGCCCAAGUGCAGAGAAAAGCCGGCUUCCAGGCUUUGGGUAAAGGAAGCAAAUCAGAAUCGGCAUUUUAACGAGCUCCCUCCAAGAGUUUCUGUGCACUUGAACGUCGGCGAAUCGUGUCACUACGUGCUCCUAAGAAUCCCUAAGAUUUCAUAGAAACCAGCCCCGAGACUUGUUUUGUCUGGGCUCUGGGGUAGUUUUGUUUUGAGCUUACAUUUAGAAAUGUUAGGGCUUCGCUCUUCUGUUCUAAUGGUCCCCGCCCCUCACUGGAGCUCAGGACUCGGGGAGUAGCUGCUGGUGGGAUCCCAGGAGCUCCCGGAGCUGGUCUGGCCUGGCUUGUGAAAUCCACAAGCUCCGUAGUCCUCCCACCCCCCCCUUCCUAAAGGCUGAGAACGAAUGAGUAAGAAAUCUAAAAUCCAGCACUUGUAGCUUCUGGUUACUUGACGUGGUGCUGCUAGAAUGAGUAAUUUAGCGCAAUUUAAAAAACGUGUUUUUUUUAAAGAUUUUAUUUAUUUAUUUGACAGAGACACAGCGAGAGAGGGAACACGAGCAGGGGGAGUGGGAGAGGAGAAGCAGGCUUCCCGCGGAGCGGGGAGCCCGAUGCGGGGCUCGAUCCCAGGACCCUGGGAUCCUGACCUGAGCCGAAGGCAGACGCUUAACGACUGGGCCACCCAGGCGCCCCUAAAAAACGUUUUAAAUGGAGUCUGGAGAUGAUGAGUUAAAGUUUAAAAAAAAACAAAAACAAAAACCCAGAUGUGCACGCAUGCGCGCACACAGUAUUUUUUAAAAAAUUAUGUACAUUCUUAAAUAUCUCUCUUCAGAUUUUCUCUGUACUUGGGUCCUGGGGAUUGAGGGCAGACCACGUUGCUGGCACAGGGCCUGACAAUGUGACUCGAGCCCUCACUCCCCUGUCCCUUCCCAGGCCUCCCCCUCCUUGCCCCCAGAAUCCCCCACUUCCACCCUUUCUCUCUCCUUCCAUCCCACCUGUGAGGAUGGCCUGUGAUUCAGGGGAGCCUCCAGGCAGAGUUGACCUGGGAUUACCGAUUACACGCCAGAAGACUAGCAUGGGCAGGCUGGGGCAGGAAGUCCUAGGGGAGGAGGAGCUUGAGCCCAAAUCCAGUUUAGGGUAGAGGUGGAGGCAGCAGGGCUGAGCAGGUCCCUUCCCGCCUUCACCUCUGCCUUGUCCGGAGACCUGAGUGGGCAGACGUGACCCGGGAGGAGCCUGUAGAGGUCGGGAGAGCGGAGGCCCAGCCCAGAGCUCACAGAGCUGGUGGGAGAAGGGCCGGGAAGGUGGAGGCGCAGUCUCCCCAUUUCUGUGGAAACUUCCUUCCUGGGCCCAAUCAGUGUCCUAGAGCCCCGCUCCCCACCGGCCUCCAGCCCCCUUCACCUGCUCACCCCUGUGGUUCCUGGGACGCGGGCAGCCCCAGCCCCGAGAGCACCUGGCUUGGCCAUCAGGCUCUCCCCACCCUCAGAUGUGUUUACACUACCUCUGCUAGCUGGCCUGCGCCGGGGGCCCCCACGUGGGGCUGUCCUCGCCUUCGGGGCGGUUCUGUAGCCCCAACCCGUGAUGGCCAGCAGGGCCCUCCCGCAGCUGUUGCUGCUUCCAUCCCGUAGCUGCGACUCCACAUCAUGUCCCGGGGCUCACUCGGCGCCUUUUCUCUGCUGCUCCUCAGGGUCGGGGCCCUCCUCCCCAUCCCCAGCUGCAGUGGGCCCCAGGCACCCCACUUUGGGGGAAUCUGUGACACUGCUCGUGGGGGCCUGUGGUCACUGGGACCUUCUGGACUGUGUGCUGUGGACGCCAGGCCGUGUGCCACGGUGCUGGGUCCUGGGAGGGUGAGGACUGAAAUAAAGGCGAGCUUUCUUCCAUGCCACGGUGUGAGAACGUUUGGGCCUGGACGGUCCGAACACCCCUUCCCUGUGGCGUUCGAACCUGGCGUUUUCCGGGAGGGCUUCAGGUAGGGGUGAGUCUCAGCGAUGGCCGAGGCAGAGGGAGGUGAGCUGAGGCCCACAGCUCCCCCAGCAACUACCCUGCUCAGGGGGUCUGCUCUGAGGGGACAAAGCAGGGAAGCCUCAGGCUUUUCAGGUUUCUAGAAAAGACCAGGGGCCCUGAGGUUCUGGAAUAGGGUGGUGUGGCCUCAUCCCUGGGUCGCAGGCAGGAGAGGGGAAGGAAGACAGGAGCAGAGCUGUUCUGUGACCAGGCCCCAGGGGAGCCAGAGCCCAAGACUAAAGGAACGGGGCCCACAAAUGUAGAAACCUGAGGCCCUUUCAUCUCUGGGCAGGACUUCACAACUCACAUCCCGCCUCUCACCCCUCAAGAGCCUGCCACUGGGGCAGAAGAGACUGCCCCCAAGCCACCAGGGGGUGACCGGCCCAUUGGUCGUCCCUUGUCUCUCCGCCCUACGUCCCGGCCCCAGGCCUGACGUUUCUGACAUGAUGACUUGAGAUGGGCAUCGGUGGCUGUAACUUCCUGGCGUCCCCAGUGUCCGUGGAGCUGACCCCAGACCUCCCCCCUCCAGUCACUGCAUCCCUCUGUGGCCAGGAUAGCUUCAGGGCAGGCAGGGACUUGCCGGGCCGGGGCAAAGAGGCUUGGUGCUCAGAGGCUGCUGGAAGCUGAGUGAAGAAGCUGCCUGUUUUCUCUGGGGUUACUGAGGGGGCAGGACGCGGGGCCGUCCGAGACACAGGGCAUCACUGACAGAGGGGCGGCGU